GGAGGACUGGCGGCUUCUCCAACCCCGAGAGCCCAGAAGAUAGAGAUGCUAUUACGCUGUCAUCUGAUCGAGUGUGAAGAGUUGAACCAGAAAUGGAAAACUUCAUUCUGUAUGAGGAAAUUGGCAGAGGAAAUAACACAGUGGUCUAUAAAGGGCGACGGAAGGGAACCAUCAAUUUUGUAGCUAUUCUUUGUACUGAUAAGUGCAAAAGGCCUGAAAUCACCAACUGGGUCCGCCUAACUCAUGAAAUAAAGCACAAGAAUAUUGUCACUUUCCACGAGUGGUACGAAACCAGCAACCACCUCUGGCUGGUUGUGGAACUCUGCACAGGUGGUUCCUUAGAAAUGGUUAUUGCUCAAGAUGAAAAUCUUCCAGAAGACGUUGUGAGAGAAUUUGGGAUUGAUUUGAUUACUGGAUUAUACCAUCUCCAUCAACUAGGCAUUCUCUUUUGUGACAUUUCUCCUGGGAAGAUACUCUUGGAAGGACCCGGCACAUUGAAAUUCAGUAAUUUUUGCUUGGCAAAAGUGGAAGGUGAAAAUUUGGAAGAGUUCUUUGCUUUGGUGGCAGCAGAUGAAGGAGCAGGUGACAGCGGGGAAAAUGCACUGAAGAAAAACAUGAAAAGUAGAGUGAAAGGGUCCCUUAUCUAUACUGCACCAGAGGUGUUGCGGGGUGCCGACUUCUCCACCACCAGUGACCUCUGGUCCUUGGGCUGUCUCCUUUAUGAAAUGUUCUCAGGAAAACCACCAUUCUUCUCAGAAAGUAUUUCUGAUUUACUCGAAAAGAUUUAUUAUGACAAUCCUUUGCCACCCAUUCCAAAAGAUUCUUCUCUCCCUAAAGCAUCUUCAGAUUUUAUUAAUUUGCUUGAUGGUUUACUUCAAAAAGAUCCUCAGAAGAGAUUAACUUGGACGGGCCUCCUGAAGCAUGCCUUCUGGAAGGAUGCCUUUACGAGAAAAGCUCAGGGCUGCAGCUCCGCGGAUUCCAUUGUCAGUGAUAAGGUGAUGGAGUGUCCUGGGCCCCAGGAUCCCAAGGAGGUUUUGAAAAGCCCUCAGAAUGGACAAGCCAAAGGGAAGAGCACUCAGCGGCUGAGCCGCUCCUUCCGACUAGAAAAUCCAUCAGAGUUACGGCCUAAGAAUACUCUCGGGGGUCCGCUGAAUGAGUCCAUGUUUCUCCUCAGUUCUCGUCCUACUCCCAGAACUAGCACUUCAGUGGCCAUAAGUCCUGGUGAGAACCUGACUCAGAAUUCCCCCCAGAAGGCUUCUCCGACCAAGAUUGCAGGUGGCCAGCUGACACAGCAGGAACUGGAGUCCCAGAUGAAAGAGCUUAUCUACACAGACUCGGAUCUUGUGGUCAGCCCAAUUAUUGACAAUCCGAAGAUAAUGAAGCAACCACCAAUUAAAUUUGAUCAGAAAAUAUUGCAUCUACCAUUGCAUUCAGUGGAUAAAUUAGUAUUUCUAAAAGACCAAGACUGGAAUGACUUUUUGCAACAAGUGUGCUCCCAGAUCGACUCCACUGAGAAGAGCCUGUCAGCCUCGCGUGCCAAGCUCAACCUGCUCUGCUAUCUGUGUGUGGUGUCUGGGCACAAGGAGCUCGCCACCCGCCUCCUGCACUCCCCUCUGUUCCAGUUGCUAAUCCAGCACUUACGAAUAGCUCCAAACUGGGAUAUACGGGCCAAGGUUGCUCGCGUGAUUGGCUUAUUGGUCUCCCACACGACUGAACUCCAGGAGAAUGUACCUGUUAUCGAGGCAAUUGUUAUCUUAACUGAAUUAAUUAGGGAAAAUUUCAGGAACAGCAAAUUAAAACAGUGCCUUUUACCAGCCCUCGGGGAGCUGAUCUAUCUUGUAGCCACCCAGGAAGAAAAAAAAAAGAGCCCCAGAGAACGCUGGACGGUUCCCUUGGCAGCCUACACAGUGCUAAUGAGGUGCCUUCGGGAAGGGGAAGAACGUGUUGUGAAUCAUAUGGCAGCCAAGAUUGUUGAAAAUGUCUGCACAACUUCUUCCCCUCAGGCUCAGGGCUUUAUUACAGGAGAAAUUGGACCUGUUUUAUGGUACUUAUUCAGACAUUCUUCUGUUGAUUCUCUAAGGAUAACAGCAAUUUCGGCCUUGUGCAGAAUCACUCGUCAUUCUCCUGCUGCCUUCCAGAGCAUUAUUGAGAAGGUGGGACUGAACACAAUAAUCAGCUCCCUGGCGCCUGCCAUCUGCAAGGUGCAGCAGUACAUAUUGACCCUAUUUGCUGCCAUGCUGUCCUGUGGGAUUCAUCUUCAGAGACUAAUCCAAGAAAAGGAUUUUGUCUCUACGAUCAUCCGUUUACUGGACAGCCCCUCAACUGCCAUUCGAGCAAAAGCCUUUCUGGUUCUUUUAUAUGUUUUGGUUCACAACCAGGAGAUGUUACUGUUCAGCUGCCAAGCAAGACUGGUGAUGUACAUCGAGAGAGACAGCAGAAAGACCUCUCCAGGCAAGGAGCCACAAAGCGGCAAUGAGUACCUGUCCAAAUGCCUGGACCUCCUCAUCUGUCACAUUGUGCAGGAGCUGCCACGAGUCCUGGGUGACAUUCUUAAUGCCUUGGCUACCAUUUCUGGUCGCAAACACCCAUCAACAGUCCAAGUGAAGCAGCUGAAGAUGUUUCUUCCACUGAUGCCCAUAGUGCUUCACCUCGUAACUUCUCAGGUUUUCCUACCGCAGGUGGUCACAGAAGAGUUCCUUUUCAGCUAUGGAACUGUUCUGAAUCAUAUUUGGUCAAUAGACUGCGGUGAAACUAACAUAGAAGGAGCUAUGGGACCUACGGCAUCUGAAGAAUUUAUCAAGAUCACGUUGUCGGCUUUUGAAGCAAUAAUACAGUAUCCUAUUUUGUUGAAAGACCAUUGCUCCACGGUUGUUGAUUAUAUCCUGCCACCCUUGGUCUCUUUGGUUCAAAGCCAAAAUGUGGAAUGGAGACUCUUCAGCUUGCGGUUGCUCUCAGAAACCACGUCUUUACUUGUGAACCAGGAGGUUGAGAAUGACAAGCAGGAGACGAAUGUCGAUUCUGACAACAGUCUUCUGGCUCUCAUUAGAGACGUCUUACUUCCCCAGUAUGAGCACAUCCUCACGCAGCCCGACCCAGUGCCAUCCUACGCACUGAAGCUGCUGGUAGCGCUGACGGAACACAGCCCGGCUUUCACCAGAAUUGUGGAAGAAAGCAAACUGAUUCCACUCAUUUUCGAAGUGAUUCUGGCACAUCGGGAGAACAUUCUGGGUAAUACCAUGCAAAGUGUGAUUGCAUUGCUUAAUAAUUUGGUUGCCUGCAAAAAUACGAAUAUGAAGCUACUUUAUGAACAAGGACUAGUCAGUCAUAUCUGUAACCUGUUUACUAAAACUGCUACAAUCUGCUUGGAUGUGGAGAAUAAGAACAACAAUGAGACGUCUGCUGCACUGCUGUUUUCCCUGCUUGAAAUUCUGCAUGGCAUGCUGACCUAUACAUCUGGCAUUGUGCGGCUGGCUCUGCAGGCACAGAAAUUAGGCUCGGGUCGGGACACACAGAUGGCUGAAGAUCUUCUGCUGGUCAGCAAGCCUCUGACGGACCUCAUCAGCCUGCUGGUUCCCUUGCUUCCUAACGAGGAUCCUGAGAUUUUUGAAGUUGCAUCCAAGUGUCUGUCUAUACUGGUUCAGCUGUAUGGAGGGGAAAACCCAGACAGCCUGUCUCCUGAAAAUACAGAGAACUUUGCUGAUGUGCUUACUUGCAAGGUGGAUCCGAAAGAGCAGAAGCUUCUAUUGAGGAUUCUGAAAAGAAUGAUCACCUCCAACCAGAAGCACCUGGAGAGCCUCAGGCACGCCGGUGGCCUUCUGCGGGCUCUUGAGUGGCUGGCCCCGGCUGGUGGUUCAUCUACUGACAAUGCAGUGACCUCACUGGCCCUGGAGAUCCUCCAAGCUGUCAGACACUGAACAAGAAGGCACUUCACAAAGUUGAUGCUGCAGCAUUGGAUCUCGACUGCACACAUCCACCACAUCACCAGCUGUAGUUGUCUUUGGAC